UCCAAACUCAAAACCCUAGAAAACCAUUCUUUUCUUCUCAUAGAAAAAAAGAUGAAGGUGAUCGCCGCCUACUUGUUGGGCGCACUGGGCGGAAACGCCAGUCCCACGGCGGAGGAUUUGAAGGCAAUUCUCUCUUCUGUUGGUGCAGAAGCUGAUAAUGAAAAAAUUGAACUGUUAUUAUCACAAGUUAAAGGAAAAGACCUUGCUGAACUUAUUGCCGCCGGUAGAGAGAUGAUUGCUUCGGUGCCUUCUGGUGGCGGUGGUGUUGCGGUUGCCGCUGGUGGUGGAGGUGGUGCCGCUGCUGCUGCGGUGGCGGAAGCGAAGGAGGAAAAGAAAGUGGAAGAGAAAGAAGAGUCUGAGGAGGAGUUUGGUUUUGAUCUCUUUGGUUAGAUGAAUUGAUAUAUUGUUGGUGAAGUUGAUCCUUUGUUUAUUAUUGAAUUGGAAUUAAAUUUAGUAUGAUUUUCUUUUCUCUAAGUAGUAAUUUUGAUUUGAUGUUAUGUUUAGGUUUACAAUCUGUUUAUGUUGGAUGUUUCUUUUAAAUAAAAAUUUGACUAUUUUUCAA